CAGCUGUGCUGCUGCUGAUAAGCGAAGCCACAAGGAGACGAUCGAGGAGAGAGACAAGCGGCGGCGGCAGCCAGGGCUGCGGAGCUGCUGGGAGUGUGAGCAGCUCCCCUCCCUCCGCCCCCUCCCCCUCCUCGGCUGGAGUUUGGAGGAGCGGCUGCUGUCACCAACCACUUGGGGAGAGGAGCCCGGGCUGCCAGGCGGGGAGGGGACAGCGGGCAGGGACUCUCCGGCCGGCCAGGUCCGAGCAGCCAGGGACAGAUGCCUAUCGAGAUAGUGUGCAAAAUCAAAUUUUCCGAGGAAGAUGCCAAACCGAAGGAGAAGGAAGAGGGGGACGAGCAGAGCCUGCUGGGGGCAGCGUGCCAGGGGGCGCCCCCGAGGGACCUGGCCACCUUCGCCAGCUCCAGCACCCUGCACGGCUUGGGGCAUGCCUGUGGCCGGGGACCUCGAGGGCUGCGCAGGAGCCUGUGGGCACUGGCCCUUCUGGCCUCCCUGGCCGCCUUCCUUUACCAGGUGGUGGGCCUGGCCCGCAGCUACCUGGCUCGGCCUCACCUGGUCUCCCUGGACCCAGCCGGGGUAGCCCCCGUCCUGGGCUUCCCCGCCGUCACCCUUUGCAACAUCAACCGCUUCCGCCACUCUGCUCUCAGCGAUGCUGACAUCUUCCACCUGGCCAACCUGACGGGGCUGCCCCCUAAGGACAGAGACGGACACCGGGCAGCCGGCCUCCGGUACCCCGAGCCGGACAUGGUGGACAUCCUGAACCGCACUGGCCACCAGCUGGCUGACAUGCUCAAGAGCUGCAACUUCAGUGGCCACCACUGCUCCGCCAGUAACUUCUCUGUGGUAUAUACUCGGUAUGGAAAGUGCUACACCUUUAAUGCUGACCCCCAGAGUCCUCGGCCCAGCAGGGCAGGGGGCAUGGGCAGUGGUUUGGAGAUCAUGCUAGAUAUCCAACAGGAAGAGUACCUGCCCAUCUGGAGAGAGACCAAUGAGACGUCAUUUGAGGCUGGCAUCCGGGUUCAGAUCCACAGCCAAGAGGAGCCGCCAUACAUUCACCAGCUAGGGUUUGGGGUGUCUCCGGGCUUCCAGACAUUUGUGUCCUGCCAGGAGCAGAGGCUGACAUACCUGCCCCAGCCCUGGGGUAACUGCAGGGCUAAGAGUGAGGGAGGGGAGCCAGAACUCCAGGGCUAUGCGUCCUACAGUGUCUCAGCCUGCAGGCUGCGCUGUGAGAAGGAGGCUGUGCUGGCUCGCUGCCACUGCAGAAUGGUUCACAUGCCAGGCAAUGAGACCAUCUGCUCUCCCAACAUCUACAUUGAGUGUGCAGACCAUACUUUAGACUCUCUGGGUGGGGGAUCAGGAGGCCGCUGUGCUUGCCCCCUGCCUUGCAACCUGACGCGCUAUGGGAAAGAGAUCUCCAUGGUUCGGAUCCCCAACCGGAGCUCGGCCCGAUACCUGGCCAGGAAGUACAACCGAAACGAGACCUAUAUACGAGAGAACUUCCUGGUCUUGGACGUUUUCUUUGAAGCCCUGACCUCGGAGUCGGUGGAGCAGAGAGCCGUCUAUGGGCUGUCUUCCCUGCUGGGUGACAUUGGAGGUCAAAUGGGGCUCUUCCUAGGGGCCAGUGUCCUCACCUUUCUAGAAAUCCUUGAUUACAUCUAUGAGGUGUCCUGGGACCGGCUGAAGAGGACGUGGCGCCGCCCCAAACCACCCCUCAGGACCUCCGCGGGAGGCAUUUCCACCUUGGGGCUGCAGGAGCUGAAGGACCAGAGUCCGUGUCCGGGACGAGGCUGUGCUGAGGGUGGGGGCGCCAGCAGUCUGCUCCCCAACCACCACCACCCUCACGGCCCUCCCGGGGGCCUUUUUGAAGACUUCGCUUGCUAGGAAGGUGCUCUCAGAGGAGGGAGACAAGGGUCUGGACUCCUACACGGUUCCCUGGGUGGAGCCAGGGACUCCCCUCUGAACCUGCUCCUUCCCCCUUGGGGCAGAAUACUGUGACUCCCAGGACUGAAAGGGCCAGUGGGAGCUCCAGGGAGUGGCAGGGAAAAUCAGCUGCUACCCCUCACCUCUCCAGGAGCUAAGUCCGGGCCAUCAGCUUCUUUCUCUCCUCUGUCCCCACUUCCCCCGGAAUCCUCACUCCCAGGAGCCCAGACUACUCCACCCCUGCCUUGGACCCAGCUGAGAGCAGGAGGGGCAGGACUGGUUCAGGGCCAGGGUAGGGAGUGUCCCUUGGCAAGGGCAGGUGGUAUGUGCUCUUCCUUGCAGAAUAAAAAAACAAAACAAACCCCUCUGUAUAUUUGUAAAUAGCUGGGAGGGUGGGUGGGGGUGAAAUAGGGAUGGGAGAGGGCCAGCAGUGAUCCCAGAGAGGUGUUUGGGCUUAGAGAGUGGGAGCCUUGAGACUAAGUAAGUAUGUGGGAGAGAGAGGGGAUGAAGGGCUUCUGGGCUGGCCCUAGUUCAGGCCUCUUGGCACAGCCCCAUCCUCUGUUAGGGUAAAUGGGAAUGGCCCCAGCUGGCCUGGUCUGCCCCCCCAAUGCACCCUCUGCCCAGCUCCCGGUCCUUCCCUUCUUAAGGCCACCUUUUCCCUGAACCUCCAUUCCUGCUUCCUUUCAAAAGACCCUAAUGAAUCUCUGGGCGGGAGGCCUGUCAGACCUGGCUAAGCUUGGUUGGGGGGGCAGGUGGGUAGGGAUAGGAGGAGAGUCCUUUCCAGGACCCCUCUACCAAGGCUCCCUCCCCUGCUCCCAACCUUGGGUCUGAGUUUCUAAAUCUGUGAAACAAAUGGAAAUAAAAAGUCACAAAAUAUC